AAAAUAGUGGUACCUGGUACCAUUUUCGACUGCCGCCAUACCAAAUAAAAUGGCUGGAAAGCAGACCAGCGGCGAUGGCGCGGUGCGUCCACGCGUCGACGCGUCCAGCGCGCGCCUCACAUCCCUACGAACGUCGACCGACGCAUCCGCUGCCCCUGCACGUCGACCCAAGUUCGUACCGAAGGCUGCCAAACGCCGUCCUGCGUCCGAAGGACGUGGCGAUGGCACAAAUGCUGGUCCACAGCGAUCGAACGAUGCCAAGCCGCACACGACAGGUGCCGGAGCGCUCAAGAGCGAUAACAGAGGACGCGGAGGCAGAGGAGGCCGUGGAGGUCGUGGAGGUGGCCGCGGUCGGGGACGCGGUCGGGGUGUACUUCCCAGCGGAAAGGUAGCAUUUGUCGGUACGCUAUCUGGUGGUUCUUCGUACAGCGGAGGAAGUAGCGCGCCUGCCCCGCGCGCCACACCGUCUACCGACUACUCGGCUGCUGGCGGUACAGGUAUCAGUGUGUUGGACGAGGAAAUGCCUGGAGGCAAGAUGCCCGAGGUGGAGGUGGAAGAGGUGUGGCCGCCUGUGGUCAAAUCGGUCAUGGAGCCGAUGAGCCUUCCGAUUGUGCGACCGCCGGAGCCUGAGAGUGCUGGCGCCGUCUUCUGCGACGCCGCGGGUGACUUGGUGGCUCCAGAUGACUCGCUGUUCUUCAUUCAGAUGCCGACGACGUUGCCGCUUUCAAGUGCCAUUACAAAGACGCCUAGUGCUAGCACGGAUGAAGACGAACCGAUGGAGAGUGCAGACGAGUCGAAGGAGGACGCUAAGAAGGUGAAGGAGAGCAAGAACCCGGAGGAGUCCCCGGAUGAUGGUGUGUUUGACCACUCGGUCGAAACUGCUCCAGGUGGCUUCAUUGGCAAGAUUUGCGUGCACAAGUCGGGCAAGAUGGUGCUGAUGCUCGGCGACAAGCAGUUCGAGGUGGCGGCAGCGCAGACGCCGUCCUUUUGCGAGGAGAUUUACGCCGUUAACACGUCGGAGAAGCACCUGAGCAUCCUAGGAAACGUAGAGCGCCACCUCGUGGUGACUCCCGACUUCGACGUGCUGCUGCAUUAGCCUUAUAAGCCACAGAUUUUCAAAUAGCUCAGCGAUAUCUGCAUAUACAUCCUUAGACAAACACUAGCACCCUGGAACACUUGCA